UUACAAAAAUUGACUGGAGCUGCAAAUCGAAGUUAGAAGUAGCACCAUCUAUUUCCCCGUCCAUUUCUCGUCGAUACCAGCGUAAAAAGAAGCGCGUGUUUCGAGAGUUUCAAGUCUUUGGAAUUUAAAACUAUAAUAUGGGUGCAGGACGUACGUGACUACUAGUUGCAAACAUGGACGUUGGGUGUUGGGAGUAGCUGUUUGCGCAAGGCCUCGAACGCAUAGGCAGCCUACAGUUUCUCACUUCCUACUCGGGUAGUCCAAGUCCACCAAUAUGACGCGUGACAUUGUGGUUGGGGAUGAACUCCCAGACUGGGCAGGAGCGAAGGAGUUUUAUCAGAAAUAUGACCCCAAGGAGGUCAUUGGGAGGGGUGUCAGCAGCGUGGUCCGGCGCUGCGUCCACAAACACAACGGCCAGGAACUGGCUGUAAAGAUCAUCGAGAUAACAGCCGAGAAGAUGACAGAGCAGCAGCUAGAGGAAGUCAAGAACUCCACACUCAAAGAGAUCCACGUCCUCAACCUAAUCAAAGGACACCCCUCUAUCAUAACUCUGAUCGAUUCCUACGAGUCCGCCACUUUCAUCUUCCUGGUUUUUGACCUGAUGAGAAGAGGAGAGCUGUUUGAUUACCUGACUGAGAAGGUGAGACUCAGCGAGAAAGAAACCAGGUAUAUGAUGCGUGCUCUGCUGGAGGCCGUGCAGUAUUUACACUCUCUCAACAUCGUCCACCGAGACCUGAAACCGGAGAACAUCCUCCUAGAUGACCACGGCCACAUCAAACUCUCCGACUUUGGGUUUUCUGUGCAGCUAGAGUCCACAGAGCAGCUCAGAGAGCUCUGUGGCACACCUGGCUACCUCGCACCUGAGAUCCUGAGAUGUUCCAUGGAUGAGACCCACCCUGGCUACGGGAAGGAAGUUGACCUUUGGGCGUGUGGGGUGAUCCUGUACACUCUUCUUGCCGGCUCGCCGCCCUUUUGGCACCGCAAGCAGAUGCUGAUGCUGAGGAUGAUCAUGGAGGGCCGCUACCACUUCAACUCGCCUGAGUGGGACGACCGCUCCGACACCGUCAAGGACCUGAUCAACAGGCUGCUGGUGGUGGACCCCAAGCAGCGCCUGACAGCUGAGCAGGCUUUGGCUCACCCCUUCUUCCGCCUCUACCAGAAAGAUGUGCGGCGCUUCAGUCCCAGGAAAAGCUUCAGGGUUCUGAUCUUGACGGCGCUAGCCUGCAUCCGCAUCCGCCUCCGCUACAUCCGGAGCCGUCCGGUGACCCGCGAGAUCAUGGCCCGCGACCCCUACUCCCUGCGCGGGGUGCGCAAGCUCAUCGACGGCUGUGCCUUCCGCAUCUAUGGCCACUGGGUCAAGAAGGGUGAGCAGCAGAACCGUGCUGCACUCUUCCAGAACACCGCCAAGAUCGUCCUGCUCGGCUUCGAGGACUUUGACACUUGAAGUUCGAAAGGUUAAAGGUUACGGUAGCUGUUCCGUCCGACCCCCUUCCCCCCCAAUUAACCCCUCUAGAACUCCACAGCUCCCCAGUGAAUGGAUUGAGGUGCCAUUUCCAGGUUCAGGAAUCUCAGAAAAUCCUAGGUGAAGGUAGGAUUAAGUUUAGGUAGGAUAAAGUGUAUUUUUAUAGUGCAUUUUAUACAGCAAGGUA